GUGCGUGCGCGCGGCCUGGCUGAGACCCGGAUCGGCGGCGCGGCGCGGCGGGGCGCGGCGGAGGAGGCGGCGGCGGCGGCGGCGAGCGAGCGGCGGAGCCCGAGAGGAGCCGGAGCGGGGCCCGGGAUCCCCGGGGGCCCACGGCCGCCAUCACGGACUUCCUGUGGGACAAGCGCACGGGGCUGGCUGCGAGGACGAUGCCUCACUCUAGAAGGUACCGCUCGUCGGAGCGCAGCAGCCGGGGCAGCUACCAUGAGCGUUACAGAAGUCGCAAGCACAAGCGACGGCGGACGCGGUCACGGUCGAGCAGCAGCGAGCGUGACCGUCGGCACCGUCGGGAGGACAGCUACCACGUUCGGUCCAGGAGCUACGACGACCACUCAGCGGACAGGAGGGCCUACGACCGGCGUUACUGUGAUAGCUACCGGCGGAACGAUUACAGCCGCGAGCGAGGAGAAGCCUACUAUGAACCCGAGUACCGUCAUUCCUACGAGUACCGGCGCUCCCGGGACCGCGAGGGCAGCUACCGGAGCUGCAAAAGCAGCCGGCGUAAGCACAGGCGGAGGCGGCGCCGCAGCCGGUCCUUUAGUCGCUCCUCAUCGCAGCGGAGUCGACAGAGCAGCAGAAGGGCCAAGAGUGUGGAGGACGACGACGAGGGGCAUCUGAUCUAUCGCGUCGGCGACUGGCUACAAGAAAGAUAUGAGAUUAUUAGCACCUUAGGGGAAGGCACGUUCGGCAGAGUGGUGCAGUGCAUGGAUCACCGGAGGGGUGGUGCACGCGUUGCUCUCAAAAUCAUUAAAAACGUGGAGAAAUACAAAGAGGCUGCCCGACUAGAAAUAAACGUGCUGGAGAAAAUCAACGAGAAGGAUCCCGAGAACAAGAACCUCUGCGUCAGGAUGUUUGACUGGUUUGACUACCACGGCCACAUGUGCAUCUCCUUCGAACUGCUGGGGCUCAGCACUUUUGAUUUCCUGAAGGACAACAACUAUCUGCCUUACCCCAUCCACCAAGUGCGGCACAUGGCCUACCAGGUGUGCCAGGCUGUGAAAUUUCUGCAUGACAAUAAACUCACUCACACUGACCUCAAGCCCGAGAACAUCCUCUUUGUGAACUCUGACUAUGAGCUCACCUAUAACCUGGAAAAGAAGCGAGAUGAGCGGAGUGUGAAAAGCACGGCCAUCAGAGUGGUGGACUUUGGCAGUGCCACGUUCGAUCACGAGCAUCACAGCACCAUUGUCUCCACCAGGCAUUACCGGGCCCCGGAGGUCAUACUGGAGCUUGGCUGGAGCCAGCCCUGUGAUGUUUGGAGCAUUGGCUGCAUCAUCUUUGAGUAUUAUGUGGGUUUCACCCUGUUUCAGACGCAUGACAACCGGGAGCACCUGGCCAUGAUGGAGAGGAUCUUGGGGCCAAUUCCUUCUCGGAUGAUCCGGAAGACCAGGAAGCAAAAAUAUUUCUACCAUGGCCGCCUGGACUGGGAUGAGAACACCUCUGCUGGCCGUUAUGUUAGGGAAAACUGCAAGCCACUGCGGGACCCCGCCGUGGUGCAGCACCGGCCCGGCCCCGAGAGCGCGGCGCUGGACGCCUACAACCCCUUCGAGAACGGCGCGCCGCCACCGCCGCCGUACCAUGCCCCGGCCGGGGCCCCGCCCGCCGCAGGCGUGCCGCCGCCGCCGCAGGGAACCGCGCAGCCCCCGAGGAGACCGAGCCCUACGGAGCCCCGGAACUACGGCUCCUACGGGACGCAGGCCUCGGCGGCGGCGGCCACGGCCGAGCUGCUGAAGCGGCAGGAGGAGCUGAACCGCAAGGCGGAGGAGCUGGACCGGCGGGAGCGGGAGCUGCAGAACGCCGCCCUCGGCAGCGGUGCCGCGAGACCGAACAACUGGCCCCCGCUGCCGUCCUUCUGCCCCGUGAAGCCUUGCUUCUACCAGGACAUCCCCGUGGAGAUCCCCGCUGACUUCCAGAAGACCGUUCAUACCAUGUAUUACCUCUGGAUGGCCAGCACCAUUGCUCUCUUCCUGAACUUCUUGUCCUCGCUCGCCUGGUUCUGCGUGGAUCCCUCGUCAGGUUCUGGGUUCGGCCUCUCCAUUCUCUGGGCUCUUCUCUACACGCCCUGCUCCUUCGUCUGCUGGUAUAGGCCAAUGUACAAAGCCUUCAGGAGUGACAGUUCGUUCAACUUCUUUGUCUUCUUCUUCGUCUUCUUUGCCCAGAACGUGAUGUACGUGCUGCAGGCCAUCGGCAUACCCAACUGGGGCUUCAGCGGCUGGAUAUUGAGUCUGAUAGCGCUGAGGAAGAACACGGCUGUGGCUGUGAUGAUGAUCCUGGUGUCCUUGUUCUUCACAGCGGUGGCUGUGUUGGGCAUCAUUAUGCUGAAGAAGAUUCACUCUCUGUACCGCCGGACGGGUGCCAGCUUCCAGAAGGCGCAGGAGGAGUUUGCCGCAGGGGUCUUCUCCAACCAGGCGGUGCGCACAGCGGCGGCCAACGCUGCCGCGGGUGCAGCCACCAACGCCUUCCGGGCACCCUAGCGGGGUGGGGGCCCUGGCUUCUCCCUCACACGUGGGCUGUUUGGUAAAGAAGAGGAAAUCCAAGCUGCACUUUGGUUGGAUCCCCGUGUGUCUGCAUCAGCUGUCAGAGGCUGCCUCAUCCCAGCUUGGAAGUGCUGGUGCCUGAAUCGUUUGCUGCUCUAACCCCUUUCCUCGUGGAUGGAGGCUGGUCUGGUUCGUGCUGGUCCCCUUCCCUCAGCGGACUGGGGGAAGGAGCAGGGUGGGGAGGUGCAGUGGCCCAGUCAUUGUCCUCCCUUCCAGCACCAGUUGCUGGGGGGCAGGAGUCUCCUCCGGGUGUGUGACAGGGACUGAAAUGGCUGCUGCCCUUCCCCUCCGUUGGCCGGGAUCUCCUCUUUCCCCACCUGGUGAUGCCACUUGUGUGCUCUGGGGCACGGAGGGUUCCCACCUGUGUCCAGUCCCAGGGUGUGCGUGGGCUGGCUCAGCCCUGGAGGCUUUUGCCCGCCUUUCCUUUGAAGCGGGACCUCAGUCCCUGCCCAGAACUCAUUCCUGUCUUCCCCAGGGGAGUGCUCAUGGGGGACUGGGCUGGCUCUGUCCCCAGCGUGCUGAGCUGGGGGGCAGACUCCAUCCCCUUCCCUUCUUUUGUCCUUCAUGGUGCUGGGCUGAGCCUACUCCAAGCACGGGGACGGGAGGAGAGCGCUGCUUGGACGGGCAGCGGUGGCGCAUCAGCUUCUGAUGGCGGCUCUCUGCCUUUAGCCUGCGUGCAGUCCCUCUCUGGGACUGGUGCUUGGUGGGCCCUAACUGCGGGCUGGGUGCUGAGGAAGGCUCCUCGUACCUCUUCAGUUUGAGCUCCCUCUGCACCUCCUCGCUCCCAGCCCUCGGGGAUGUGGUGAGCAGCUUCUCCCUUCUUCCUCUCUGCCCGCUGUGGGGCCGGUGCCCCCCUCCCUCUCCCUGGCACUCCUCAGUCAGCCGUGUCCAUUCUCCGUGUCGCUUCACCCUCCUCCCUUCGGAGGGGGGGGCCGAGCCCGUCCCUGCGUGCAGCACUGCCCGCACUGUGCCCUGUGGCCCCAGCCCCAUCCACCAGUGCCCCCAGGGCGCUGGGGACCGCCAGUUCUGCUUUCAUCCCCCUGUGGAUGCGGCUGGGUUCCCCUCCCGCUGCCCUUCCCCCGGGGGGGGCCGGCUCCCUGCUGCGGGGGGGGGGCUCUGCCCUGUGCCCCCCACGGCUGGGACCCGUCCCUGCUUCCCCUCCUGCUCCCCUUCGGGCCUCUCUCGUGCUGCCGUGCCCAACGCCACGCCGCCUUCAGGUUUUAUUUAAGAAAUAAACCGACUCCGACUCCU